GCACAUUUAUACUUAUCAAUUUCAUAGUCGUAAAAUCUUGUAUUGUCUAAUUUAUCAUCACACAUUUGAUAGACUAAUGCUCAUUCAUAUACAGAGAUAUUUUUCUCCUAGUUUUAUCUGUAUAUAUUUUCUUAUUCUUAGAUCUUUGUUAUUACACGGGCCUUUCGCUUCCGUUGUACUACUACCUUGUUGUUGCUAUUGUUUGUUGCUUCCUUUUCACUGUUCCUUGAGUCGAGGGUCUAUCGGAAACAGCCUCUCUAUCUUUACAAGGUCACAACUGGUGUUUGAUUCCAAAUAGAAAGACAAAAUGAAGAACAAUGCAGCAAUUAAGUACCUAAAGCAUGUGAUUUCAGUACUAACCACAAUGGCCAAAUCAAAAUCAACAGCCAUCAAAAGCAAAACUGAAGCUCUAAAAACUAGGCUAGAAGUCCUAUCAUUGUUGAAAUCCAAGAAACUCUCUUUUUCAGGGCUAGGAACUAAGGCCAUUUCUCACAAGAUCCAUUCACUAUUAGGCCAUAAAGAAGAAGAUGAAGAAUCCCAAGAUCAUGAAAAUGAAAACAACAAGGCCAUUGUACUUUACAACAAUGCUCCUGAAGCGAGUGAAGAUUCUUUACACUGUCAGUAUAACGACCAAAAUAAUCAGGAGAUACUAUUAUUGAGCAACGGCGAAAAGUAUGAUGAUUAUGAUGAUAAGUAUCCGGAUUUGACACAUUCGUUGUUCGAUGAAGAGGAUGAAUAUUUAGGUGAUCCAAAUGCAUCAGCUAUAGAUAUGGUGAGGAAUUUCAAAGAGGAAGAAGGACAGAAUUUCGUACUAGAAGACGAGAUCGAUAAUGUGGCUGAUUUGUUUAUCAGGAAAUUCCAUAAAAAGAUGAGGUUGCAAAAGCUUGAAUCUUUCAAAAGGUAUCAAGCAAUGCUACAAAGAGGGGCUUAAUUAUAUAUUAAAGUUGUUCCAUUUGCUUCUGCAAUAUUGCAACAGUAUUUCAACUCCACUUUUAGCUAUCAAGUGUUUUCUUCAUUAUCUGUAGCUUCUUCUUCUUUUCAUUUUUCCUUGAAUAAAUUUUAUGUCCUUUGUCCCUAAUAGCCACACACACAAAAAAGAAGAAGCUUGUGUACUAAUUAGUUGGGGAAAAAUCAUUAUUCUACACUGUAAUAAUAAUGAUUUCCUAGUCAGAUAACAUAUUAGUUUCUAAAAUCUUGUUAAUCCUGUUGUCUAUUAUUUUGGCAUUUAUAUUGUUUUUUG